AUGUCAAUCUGCUGUUGGACACUCAGGAUUCAGAACCCAAUCGGAUCCUUUUAGUUACAAUACAUCACAUGCUCUAUCCUAUAACUGUGGAAGUGCUGCAUCAAGUGUUUUCUCCUCAUGGGUUUGUGGAGAAGAUCGUCACAUUUCAGAAGUCAGCUGGUUUCCAAGCCCUUAUACAAUAUCAAUCAACCCAAUGUGCUGUGCAAGCAAGGAAUAACCUGCAAGGACGCAAUAUAUAUGAUGCUUGUUGUCAGCUAGAUAUACAAUUUUCCAACCUUAAUGAACUGCAAGUUAAUUACAACAAUGAUCGCUCUAGAGAUUUCACCAAUCCAUCUUUGCCUUCAGAACAAAGAGGUAGAUCCUCCCAAGGGUUUGGAGAUGUUGGAGGCUUGUAUGCAUUCCCUCAUGGAGCCAGGGCAGUUGCAUUUCCACAGAUGGGUAAUGCUGCAGCUGUUGCAGCUGCAUUUGGUGGAGGUCUGCCUCCUGGGAUAUCUGGUACUAACACUGCAUGCACUAUUCUAGUAUCAAAUUUGGAUUCCGAGAAAAUUGAUGCGGACAAGAUUUUUAAUUUAUUUUCCUUGUAUGGGAAUAUUAUAAGAAUUAAAAUACUACACAAUAAGCCUGAUCAUGCGCUUGUUGAGAUGGCAGAUGGUUUCCAGGCUGAAUUAGCUGUACAUUUCUUGAAGGGAGCUAUAUUGUUUGGAAGGAGGUUGGAAGUGAACUAUUCAAAAUUCUCAAACAUAACACCAUCUGCCGAUGCCCACGAGUACGCGGGGUCCAGCCUGAACCGUUUCAACCGCAAUGCAGCCAAAAACUACCGAUACUGCUGCUCUCCAACCAAAAUAAUACAUAUCUCCACACUUCCUCAAGACAUCACGGAGGAAGAUAUCAUAGCCCACUUAGAGGAGCACGGAACCAUUGUCAACUCCAAAGUUUUUGAAGCAAAUGGGAAGAAGCAAGCUCUGGUUAUGUUUGAGGAUGAGGAGCAAGCAACCGAGGCUCUUGUUUGCAAGCACGCAAGUACUAUUGAUGAGGCUAUCAUCAGGAUAUCCUUCUCUCAGUUGCAGAAUAUCUAGAAGCAUACCUUUGUUGUCGCGGUCGAUUUUUCUUAAAAUUAUUUGUACUAUAGUUUGAGAGUGCUGAAUAAUUCCGCUUAUGUAGUUUUUUGGUUCCUAGUUCUGUUUAGGAUGUGGGUGUGACUGAUUUGUACUAAUGUUUGUUUAAAUGUUAUUUCUUGAGAAUUUUUCAGGCUCCGAAGUUGCUUA